AUGGGGCUAGCUGUGCUGUUCAUCACGGCCUUUGUCAGCCUGGCCAAAGGCCUGGCUUCGACCGAUACCAUCACUUGGGGUGGUGACAACUCCAGAACUGGAUACCAAACCAACCACAACAUGGAUCCCUCCGUCGUCGGGAGCUCCUCAUUUGGCCAAUUGUUCCAAACUCGACUUCCUGGCACAUAUGCCGGUUCUGCCGAGCAAAUCUUUUCUCAGCCUCUCGUCUAUACGCCCAGCGGCGGGACUAAGCAGUAUGUGUAUGUGGCCACACAACAGAACAAUGUUUACAAGCUCGACGCAAAGACGGGCGACAUUGUGGCCUCUAGGAAUCUUCACAUCCCUUUCUUGGCUGCAGACCUUGAUGGAUGUGUUGACAUCAACCCCAACAUUGGAAUCACGGCAACGGGUGUGAUUGACCCUGAUACUAAUACCAUCUACUAUACCUCAAAGACAUACGCCGACCAAACCGCAUUGGGGGUACCGCAGGGUCGUGAUGCCGGCCGAUACUUUAUUCAUGCGUUAGACGCCAAUGAUCUCAGCGAGAGGCCCAACUUUCCAGUCCCUCUCGAUGGAAUUAUUGCCCGCAACAACGACCUGCGAAUGUUUACUGGAGGAAUUCAUCUCCAACGAACCGCGUUGCUUCAUAGUGGUCAGUUUAUAUACGGUGGGUUUGCGUCACAUUGUGUCCAGUACAAUUUCACCGGCUGGAUUAUGGGCUGGGACAAGACCACUGGCGAGGUUGUUGAGCACUACGCCAUGGAAGGCAAGGGCGUUGCAAACGAUAUCAAAGGAGCCGGCGUUUGGAUGUCUGGCGGAGGCAUUGCCUCUGACGACGCUGGCUCUAUUUGGUACGCGACUGGAAACGGCUACGCGUCUCAACUAGCCAAUGUUCCUGUCAAGGGCUUCAAUCCUCCCACGUCGUUGGAAGAGGCUGCUGUUCACAUGACAAUCAAUUCAAACGGUAGUCUGAGUCUGGUAGAUUUCUUCAUGCCAUGGGAGAAACAGGCUUUGGAUGGCGCCGAUAAAGAUCUCGGCACCAGUCCUCUCGAAAUUCUACCGGGCGAAUUUUCUUGUGGCGAUGUAAAGCGCAUUGGUGUUGUUACCGGCAAAAGUGGCAAGACAUACUGGCUAAAUUUGGAUAACCUGGGUGGCUACAGAAACGGGCCCAACAAUUUGGAUGAUGCUAUUCAAGUCUACCAGAACGACAACUCCGUCUACGCUGGCGCAGGUGUCUAUCCUCUAGAAGGCGGUUACAUCUACAUCAACGUUAUUCAGCACCCGUCCAAUGUCUUCAAAUUUUCAUGUACCGAUGGCGUUCCUUCGUUUACCAAAGUUGCCACGACUCCCGAAACGAAUGCCUACAUCCUCGGCGUCAGCCAUGGAACCACCACGUCCCUCAACGGCCAGCCAGGAACUGGCCUCCUUUGGGUGACAGAUGUUCAAGGUUUGAAUCUCCGCAUCUACGACGCCGUCCCCAAAAAUGGCCUGCUCAAUAUGAUCAAUUCGUUCAACAUCCCUGGCGUCAUGAAGUUCACCCGACCUGUCUUUGGAGAUGCCAUUGUGUACGUUGGUACCAACCAGGGCCUUUUCUAUGGUUUCGGAUCGCCCGUUAACGCACCUCUCAACUGCACAUCUCCUAUUGCCUUUGGCAAUGUUGAUUUAAAAACAUCUAGCACUUCCCAGUCUGUUGAAUGCACAGCCCUGAUUGACGUUACCGUUACUGGUGUUGGACUUGACUCUACCAAAGACUUUAGCAUAUCCAGUCUUCCCAAUACACCUCUCCAAUUAGCAGAAGGGGAGUCCUUUACUAUCCAAGCCAAGUUCAGCCCUACCGUCGUCGGACUCAUUUCAAACGAUAUUGUCGUUAACACCACGAAUGGUGUUGGCGGCUACAGCCCCAAUACCCACGCCCGACUGACUGGAACUGGCCAAAGCCCUGGUCCUCUACUGUCUGCUGCCCCAACAACGAUUACCUUCCAAGGUGUUGUUACUGGGCAGGACCCCGACGGCGUCACGGAAACUCUGAUACUCAACAAUCUUGGAAAUGGACCUCUGACUAUCCAGAGCGUUCAGUAUUCAUCAACUAGUUCCUCUGGCCCUUGGCAAACAUGGAAUGGUUCGGGCAAUUUGACUGUCGGGAAGUUUACUUUCCAAAAGAUGCCUACUUCUCUCGGACCUCAAUCGAGUGUCGCUAUCCAAAUUCAAUUUGAUGGCUCUGAAAGCGGUACUUUCUCCGGCUUUGUCACGUUUGUAUCCAACGGUGGCAACCAAACUGUUUCUAUCGCUGGUUCUUCUGGCCCUGCUGCCGUUGCACUGCUUGAGUUCCAGACCCCUGAUGAAUCUGGUUGGACUAAAUAUGUCAAUGGCACUCCCUUUACUUUUGGAAAUGUUACCCAGAACAAUGGUCGCUCGCUCAAGUUCCGCAUUACGAACAAUGCAACAAAGGGCGGUGUCAACCUGUCUCUUACCGUUUCAAAGCCACCUUUUGGCGUCACCGGCCUUGUUCGAGCCCUUAAUCAGGUAGACCUUGCAGAGGGAACAUCCUUGGCUCCAGGAGAGAGUGCAAACGCCACCCUCACCUGUACCGUCCCCAAAUCCCAGUGGGAUGUCGAUCCUUAUAACGGCACUGCACAAUGGACUUUGAACACCAAUGACCCGAACCUCGGGAAGCAGUUUAUACAAUUUUUCUGUCAGGCUGUGUCAGAGCAGGCUCCCCCUUUGCUACCCAACAGCGACCAGAGCCGAUACCGAUAUAUUGGAUGCUACAAGGAGAACAACCCAGGCCGCCAACUUUCCAACCAGCUUUACGGAAGUGAUGACAGCACCAACGCCAUGUGUGUCUCUGCAUGCGCUGAUAAGAACUAUGCCUACUGUGGCACUCAAUACCAUACAGAGUGCUGGGGAGGCAACACCAUUCCCAAUCUCAAGGUGGACGACUCUAACUGUAAUUACUACUGCGGUGGAGAUAUCAAUCAGGUGUGCGGUGGAAACGGCGAUGGCACUGCGGCGUAUAUCUCUGUUUUUGCCGAUGCCCUUCAACCGGGAGAUGGCUCCACGAAUCCUCCACCACCAACCGGAGGCCCUGUUGUGAAUCCCGGCGUUGAUGGCUAUGCUAGCGUUGGAUGCUACACUGAAGCCACCGACACGCGUGCUCUUCCUCACGAAGUGGACACUGAUAAGCAGACUGUGGCUCAAUGUGUUGACGCCUGUAAAAUUGGUCAUUACACUUAUGCUGGCGUUGAAUAUGGAGGCGAGUGCUGGUGCGGUGAUUCCUUUGGCGAUGGAGCUGUUUCUGCUCCCAUCGCAGAUUGUGCAAUGACUUGCAAUGACAAUUCUACCGAAUAUUGUGGCGGCCCGAAUCGUCUCAACGUGUAUAAACUCGACACUGCUACUGUGUCCACGACGGCUUCUACCACUGUUGGUACAGCCACCUCUCCUCCGGCCGAAAGCACCACUACUUCUCCCCCUGAUGAAAGCACAACCGCUUCUCCUCCAGAUGAGAGCACCACGGCAAUUGCAACCACAACGAGUGUUUCCUCUAGCAGUCCGACGCCGACUGGUCCCGUUGUUAAUCCCGGGCAAGAUGGCUACAAGAGCAUCGGAUGCUAUACCGAAGCAACAGACGCUCGAGCUCUAUCCAAUUUCAUUGAGACAGCCAACCAGACGGUCGCGGACUGUCUCCAUGCGUGCAAGACAGACGGCUACACCUAUGCCGGCCUCGAGUAUGGCGGGGAAUGUUGGUGCGAUAAUUCAUUUGGAAAGGGGUCUGUUCCCGCACCUAUUGAGGACUGCGGCAUGACUUGUAACGGCAACUCAACAGAGUUUUGUGGUGGUCCGAACAGGCUCAAUGUGUACCAGCUCAAGAAGUUGUCCACCACAGCCUCUGUGCCCGCAACCACUGUGCCAACCACUGCCUCUGCCAGUUCAUCAACAACAGCUGUUGCAACUCCUACUGGCCCCGCUAUCAAGAAAAAUGUUAGAGGUUACACAUACCAGGGAUGCUGGGAGGAGCCGCCGAAUGAUCGAGCCAUCAUUGAGCAGAUGUAUGCCAACGACUCGAUGACACUCGAGUCUUGCGCUGAUUUCUGCAAAGGCUUCACUUACUUUGGAACCGAGUACGGUAGAGAGUGCUACUGUGGCAAUGUCUUGAAGGAAGGCAGCCAAAAGGCUGCUAAUCAAGACGACUGCUCGUUCCUUUGCGCCGGUAAUGACAAGGAAUUUUGCGGUGCUGGAUCCAGACUCGAGCUGUACAAGCUCUUGUCGAAUGCCACAACAACUGCAUCACCAUCUAGCAGUCCAACGGCGCCUAGUGAACCAUCUAGUACCCCGACAACUCCUAGUGGUGUUACAGAUCCCAUCAUCUUCCAGGGCAACAAGAACUUUACCUUCUAUGGAUGUUUCUCAGAGCCUUCGGCAGGCAAGCUGAUGGACAAUCAAGCCUACAACAACGACACGACCAUGACACCUCAGGUCUGCUUUUCUCAUUGUGCUCAAUACAAGUACGCUGGUGUCGAGUAUGGCCAAGAGUGUUGGUGUGGCGAUACUCUGAAUCUCGCCGGCUGGGAAGACUCUACGCCGGGCAAGAAUGUGACGAUUGAUGAGUGUAAUGUUGUGUGCCCUGGAAACUCUACGGAAUACUGUGGUGCUGGAAAUAGGCUGCAGCUGUAUGUGAAGAAGACGGCUGUUAGUCGACGAUGGUGA